GACUGGGACAGACACUCUACACUCUGGCUCUGGGACUAGUCAGGUUACCUCCAGUGAUUUUAUACAACUGCUCCGCUACUGUCCGGAUACAACCCCCCCUCCCCAUCCAUCCUGUGUAUUACCCCCAUUGGAUCAUGCCUGCAGACAGCAUGGAGAAGCCCACCGCCUCCCCUAUUGCGGGGGCACCGGCCAGCUCUGCCCAGACCCCGGAUAAACCUAAGAGUGCCAGCGAGCACAGAAAGUCCUCCAAACCUAUCAUGGAGAAGCGCAGAAGAGCUCGCAUCAAUGAGAGCCUGGGACAGCUCAAGACACUUAUUUUGGAUGCCCUAAAAAAAGAUAGCUCCAGACACUCCAAGCUGGAGAAGGCUGAUAUCCUGGAAAUGACAGUCAAGCACUUGCGGAACUUACAACGAGUCCAGAUGACAGCUGCACUAUCAGCUGAUCCAUCAGUACUUGGCAAAUACAGAGCAGGAUUCAAUGAAUGCACGAACGAAGUGACCCGAUUCCUCUCCACCUGCGAAGGGGUCAACACAGAAGUCAGGACCCGGCUACUUGGUCAUCUCUCUAGUUGCCUAGGUCAGAUUGUGGCAAUGAAUUACCAGCAACCUCCUUCCAGCCAGCCUCUGCAUGUCCAGUUGCCCUCAGCACCAGUGUCCACUGCUCCUGUGCCCAUGCCCUGCAAGAUGACCUCCGCUGAGGCCGUGUCUCCCAAGGUGUACCAGGGAGGUUUCCAGCUGGUACCAGCCACUGAUGGACAAUUUGCUUUCCUUAUUCCCAACCCUGCCUAUUCCACCAGCCCAGGACCAGUGAUUCCCCUCUAUGCCAAUGGAAAUGUCACCUCCAGCAGGGCACCACAGUCACAAUCCCCAGUCCAGGGACUCACCACCUUCUCUCACAAGAUGCAACACAUUUCCAGAACAGUGAGCCCUCUAGGUGGCAGCACCGAGUGCGUAUGGAGACCCUGGUGAACUGACCACACUUUGUAAUAAUCAGACUUUAUUUUUUUAUUUAUUGGUUCCGUUUUAUGGGACUUUGCCUUAGAGAAACUCUGCACAAAUAUAUUUAUUUGCAUCUAUGAGGACAUUACUUUUUUUAUUCUUAAAAAAUAAACAUGUAUAAAUGACCCAUUUUUGUAUUAAAACUCUUUUGCUGAAAUGUUUUUUUAGUUUUGUACGUCUGGUACAAAGAUUGUGUAAUGCCAAAAAGUUACUGUGUUGUUUUUGUGUCAAAAACUUCCUAAACUGCAGGAGUUUUAUUCAAUAAACUCUUUAUAUUUUA